AUGGCGCUUUUGUCCCUUCCUAACGAAAUCAUUCGUUACAUUGCUCUCUACUUCCUCGAGGAGUGGAGUAACCCAGAACACUCCAAAACAAGACCCAUCGCUCCUGUGUCUUUCGAUGUCAACUUGCGAAACGUAUGCUCGACAAACCAGCGACUCCGGGACGUCUGCAGAUCACUGCUAUACAGAAAUGCCUGGGUUAGCAUCUGCGGCAUUCGUUCGAUGGACUCCCAGCAAGUACACAUAUCACGAAAACUGUUUUCAAACAAGGAGCUAUGCGGUCUCGUUCGACUGCAACGUAGGCAUGCGAGGCUUCGUGAUAAUGUUCGGGGUAAUCAUGACCCUAUCACUGCAACGGCCCCCGAUGCGCGUCACCCUCCCAUCCGUCAGAUCAUCCAGGAUUUGAUCUCAGCCCUUCCCAACCUCAUCUCCCUCGACAUUUUGGGCACUUUUUUCGCACUUUCCUCCGACAUUCUAGUGACCAUCAACGCCCAUCCUAAUUUGAAGACGGUUACGCUCGAGGAUGCCUACCAGAUUCAUACCCUACCAUUGACCUCUGCCAACUCCCUCGGGAGGAUAUGCUGCCGACAUUUUCGGCUGCCUCCCAGCGCCUGGCAGACAAUGCCCCAAUAUUUUCUUCAGGACGGUGGUGCUCGUCUGGAUAGCUUAUAUUUGAGCCGAUCCACUCUAGAGGAGCUGGGAGACUGCACGCUGUCCGGGCUUCGAUCAAUCGUUUUACCUGCGCCGACGGAUCUGUUUCCUUCACCGGAUGCCGCGAGCGCCAUCGUGGCACGCCACUCAUCGCUUGAGUCCAUCACUCUUCGAGGAGCAAGUUCGCUCAACCUCCGAUCGCUUUCGUGCCUUCCUUGUUUCUCCGAAAUGUUCGUGGAAGCGAAGGACAGAGGUCUGCACAGUGCCUUCCAGUGCGAAGAAGUUGAGCUGUCGAGAGAUCCUUACAACGGAUUUGCGGCCACACCCGCGUGGUCCAUCGUCGGCGCGACCUUGCGGCUCACGUCGCAGAGCAGUGCUGGACUGCCGCUGUUCUUGAAGUUUUUGUCGUCUAUUCGGAGGCUCAGCAUAAUCAAAACUUCCGUCGAGGACGAUGUUUUCUCCGUGGUAUACUCUUUUUUGGAUUGCCGCAACGCUGCUUUGUCGCUUACGGACAUCCUUCUUUAUAGCAAGACCUCUUCACUAUCCUUCACACCCACGCCACUAACCUUCGCUAUCUCACGACACUUACCCUCUCAAACUUUCCCCUGA